AUGGCGGCUUCUGCUACAUUAGUAUCUAUGGCACAUGAAAGAAAAGUUGAGAAUCUGAGAGGAUUUAUGGUGAAUUUGGCGAAUUCGAGAGGUUUUUCGCUUCCUGAGACUAAGCUCUUCGAUCAGAAAUUCUUGGAUCUGUGUUUGUCCCGUACUCCUGAUCACCCCACUUACUCUGCUAUGAUAUUUGUUGCUAUCACGGAUUUGAAUGAAGAAGGUGGCUCUUGUGAAGAAGCGAUAUCAGAGUUUAUAAAGGCGAAGCACAAGAACUUGCCAUUUGCUCACAAGAGUUUGCUCAGUCAUCAUUUAGCUAAGCUUGUGGAGAAAAGAGAGAUACUUUGUGACUACAACAACAACUACUGUUACACUCUCCCGGGAGAGGAGAAGAUUGAUGCUAUUGUUUCCGCUGAUGCUGAAAGAAAGAUCGGUGUGAUAACGUUGAAAAAGAAUGGCCAGUGUGCGGCGAAUGACGCUGUGAGACACCAAAACGUAGAAGAAAGUGUUAGAAUGUUGAAGUCUGGGGAUCAGAUGGUAGAUUUGUUGGAAGAACGGAGUUUGACUGAGUCCGAAACCAGCCCCAAACGUAAAGCAUGUGGUGGCAUUGACGUCGUUGAAGUAAGUGACACAGAAGAUAAUGGAGUCCAAGCAUGUUUAAGAGAUUCGACUGUUGAAACUCUUAGGAAAGAGGGAGUUGCUAAAGAAUCAGAAGUGACUCUAGAAAAUAGUGAGGCUGAAGGUAGGAUCGAAGCAAACAGUGAAGGAGGUGAACUAUAUCAGGUGGUUGUUCUAGACGAGCAAACUGACGUGGUGAUGGAAGAGUCAGGUGAAGGAGAAGAGAACCUAAGGGAUAUAAACUCAAAAGAGAGGAAAGUGGAAUUGCUCAGAACAUCUAACACGAUGAAAGAAGCAUGUGUGGAAGUAAAGAGUGAAGCAUAUAAAAGACUUUGGGAAUGCCAAACUGAAGCAUGCAGCAAUAUCAUUGCCCUAGAGAAAUUGGUAAAGCAGUGCAGAGAAAAAGACCAGCAGAAGAAAACUGUUUCAGAAAUUGAUGAUGUUUCUCAUUUGCCUCUAUCGAUGGAAAGCUGCAAAGAACUGAGGAAGUUAGCCCAAAAGAUAGGAAGCCAGCUCUCUGAGAUCAUUGAUUCCGCUGAUGAAGCCGUGGUUCCAUAUAAUGAACCCCGAGGAUGUUAA